AUGAAGUGGUCCAUCGAGAUCAUUCCACGAGAUGCAGAAGGAGAGGAGCUGUACCUGAGAGGCCUCAAACCCUUUCGUCUCGCCUCCCUUCAGCUUGAGCCAAAAGCAUUUUCCUCAACUUUCGACCGCGAGUCUGCCUUUGGCAACGCUGAGUGGCUGGCUCGUCUGCACAACCCGGCCGCUACCACUUUCAUAGCCCGCCGCGAUGACACCAACGCUGCCGAGAGUGCGCACUUCAAAGUACUUUCCUCCCUGACACUGCUUAGAGUUGUCAAAGGGGGCGGUGAUGACGAUAGCACUGCGCUCUGGGAAGUGAAUGCCGUCUUUACUCUGCCGGAUGCUCGACGGAGGGGAAUUGCUACCGCCUUGCUCAAGGAAGCGAUGUGCUGGGCCCGGAAGUCAGCGGAAGCAGAGGAGCGACUGUGUGUUGUGGCAGUGGACGUUUACCUAGCCAACACAACUGCUGCGAGGCUUUACCGGACGAUUGGGUUUAGCGAUGUAGAAAUGCCGGAUGGUAAAAAUGUGCUGCGGCUCGAAUGGAAAUGUUGA